AUGACCACGCGUUAUCGUCUCGAGCACGACAAUGAAGAUCCAAAGCCCCUCUUGCAGCACCAGGCUGUAUGCGAACGACUCCAAGACUACCGCCAGCUUGCCUGGCUCGCAUGCGCCACGACCUCGCUGCUAACCACAAGGCACCUGUUGAUCGAAAGGAAUUUGCACUACCCCUUACAGCUGUUCAUUUGCCAGAUUGUGGCUACGGCUAUCGUCACGUUCUUUUUACAUCCAUGGAGAUCGAACGUUCAGGAAGCCAGUGAGCAAGAGCAACAUAAAAAGCGACCGGUUCAAGGCACACUGUUAGUGGUUGCUUCAAACGGCCUGCAAGCAGUAUCGGCAUUCUGCAUAGUACAAGCAGUCCUGCAUACCUCAAACCUACCCCUGCUUUGCAUGAUCACGACCAUAGCCUUCUUCGCCGAAGGUCUCGUACUCUACGUGUUCAACUACACAUCUCGCUCGAACGCACAGAUUCUGUCUUUGAGCUUGCUUUUUCCAGCUUGUGCCGGGAUAUUGUUCAUGGAGUAUAGACUAAUGGUACCAAGCUUGAUCGCAUCAAUUCUGGCAAUGCUCCUAGUUGGCGCGGCUAGUGCGCUGAGGAAGCUGGCUGCUAAAUACUACCCAGGAGACUACGCUACCCGGAGUACGAAUACGGUUUGGCUAGUUGGUAUGGGUAGCCUGCUUGCGUUUGUCUGCGCUAUCAGCAAUUGGCCUGGUGAGCAAUGGGACUCAUUCGACGUGAGCAGCCUGCCUCUCCGCACCCUGAAUGCUUUCUCGACAGCGGCGGCAUUCUUAGCUGGAGGCUCGAUACUUUUCCCACUGGAUAUGCAGUUAGGGGACCAACUACCUGGAAGCGGCUUUGCAGCAACACGACGUAUGCGCAGCAUAACGACGAUUUUAGCCAUGGUGGCGAUCACAGGUUGCUCCACGGUGCUUUCGUUGCGUCGCUCAUACACUAGCUGGUACCAGCUAUGUUGUUUCCUCUUCGCUAUCCUAUGUGUCUGCGGCAAAGAUGUCUAUGACACAAUUUGGAAGCAGGCCGGUCAACGCAAUGAUUCUCGCGGAAGCUACGAUCUCGUUUCACGUUCUCCCAGAGCACGACUAGAUGAUGAGGAAGAGUGCGGUACGAAAUCACAACGCAUACUACGACCAGAGUCACAAGGCCACAGUCUUCGCUCAUCCUUGGUCAGCUUGGCCCUGAUAAUGCUGUGGACAGCGUUCGUAAGCUUUAACUUUGGACAACGACAAUACCCUCGAAUGGAGCCGCAUCUGGAUCUACAUUACGAACCUAUCGGACCUCUAGAAGUUGUUAUCAGCAUGUACAAAGAGCGCACCGAGGAUGUGGCAGCACUCAUAACUAAGCUGGAGAGCAUGCCGCAGAUGUCGGAGGCUCUUAUUACGAUUUACUUGAAGGAUAGCGAAGCAGACGAAAGACAGAUCAAGCAAGAAACGAACGCGCACGAAGUGAUCAAGCUCCCAAACGUAGGACGCGAAGCCGAAACGUACCUCAACCACAUCGUCAACCGCUGGGACAGUCUCGCUGAAAGAACGGUAUUUCUUCAAGCCGAUGUUCACAACCCACGGGAGUUCUACCCAUUCUUCGAGCGAUAUUUCCGUGCAAAUCAGACGGGUUUCCUCAACCUAGGAUGGGCAGGUAUACUCUGCAACAGCGACGACUGUGGAGACAAGCGCGGCUGGCAGGACGAAACCUCGCUCUUCUCGGACACACAGUCCCGAAUCGACAACUCCCACCGUGAGAACGUCCUGCUCAGCUACAAAGGUCAGUUUGUUGUCACCGCGGCGCGGAUCCGCGGCAUUGACAAAUCCAUCUACGACGAUUUAUGGCAGCUCCUCGUCGACGAGAACAGCUGGGCACACCAGGAACCCUACCUUCAGGGACGACCCGAUUCAAUGAGCCAGCCGUGGUUCGGAUACACAACGGAGAGGAUAUGGAAUGUGCUGUUUCAGUGCUCAGACAUGGACGUCGCGUGGCGGUGUCCGACUCUGUUGAGCGGAUGGAGACCUGGCGGUAGCAUUGCCGACUGCCAGUGCUUCGAUUCAGAGCUGAUGGAGUAG